CAUAAUUCUUGCAACCCCACCAUCUACCACUAUUUCCACCACCACCACCACAUACCGCCACCACACCCGUCUCCUCCACCUCUUGACCCAAUGUACAUCCAUGUCUCAGCUCAAACAAAUCCACGCCCAAACCCUCCGUACCACAUCGACCCACCACCCAGACACCGCCUUUUUGUACAGCCGAGUCUUUCAUUUCUCUUCCUUACAUGACCUCAACUACACUUUUCGACUCUUCCACCAAAUUGAAUACCCUAAUUCUUUUAUGUUGAACACUCUAAUCAGAGCUUGUGCACAUAGUAAUGACCAGAAAGAACGAGCCAUUACACUUUUUCAUGCAAUGUUAAGCGAAGGAAGCGUUUUGCCUGAUAAGCACACAUUUCCCUUUGUUCUUAAGGCAUGUGCUUACUUGUUUGCCAUAUCAGAAGGAACACAAGUACAUCCCCAUGUUUUGAAACAUGGGUUGGGUGGAGAUGUUUAUAUUAAUAACAGUUUGAUUCAUUUCUAUGCUUCGUGUGGGUGUUUGGAAUACGCAAAAGAUGUAUUUGAGAAUAUGCCCGAAAGAAGUGUGGUUUCAUGGAAUGCAAUGAUUGAUGCAUUUGUUCAAUCGGGAGAUUAUGAUGAUGCGUUAAGAAUGUUUAUUGAGAUGCAGAGAUUAUUUGAACCGGAUGGAUAUACGUUGCAGAGUGUUAUAGGUGCUUGUGCUGGGUUGGGGGCUUUGUCUUUGGGGAUGUGGGCUCAUGCUUAUGUUUUGAGAAAGUGUGAUCCUAACGUGGGUAGUGAUGUUUUAGUGAACAACUCUUUGGUGGAUAUGUAUUGCAAAUGUGGGUCAUUGGGAAUUGCUAGGCAGGUUUUUGCGAGGAUGCGAAAACCUGAUGUGAAUUCAUGGAAUUCAAUCAUUUUAGGAUUUGCCAUGCACGGGCAAGGUGAGGCAGCAUUUGAGUAUUUUAAUUGCAUGGUUAAUGAAAAAGUAAUGCCCAAUUCUGUUACAUUUGUUGGUGUGUUAAGUGCAUGUAAUCAUAGAGGUUUGGUUGGUGAGGGUCAGAAGUAUUUUGAUAUGAUGAUCACUGAAUACAAGAUUAGACCAGUAUUGGAGCAUUAUGGCUGCUUGGUUGAUCUCCAUGCUCGAGCUGGGCUAAUUGAGGAAGCACUCGAUAUUGUGUCCAACAUGCCAAUGAAACCUGAUGCGGCUAUCUGGAGGAGUCUUCUUGAUGCUUGCUGCAAGAUGAAUGCUGGAGUGGAGCUAAGUGAAGGAGUGGCCCGACAGAUAAUUGAGUUGGAAGGGGAUGAUUGUAGCGGUGUUUAUGUGCUUUUGUCCAGAGUCUAUGCUUCAGCUGCUCGGUGGAAUGAGGUUGGGUUGGUUAGAAAAUUAAUGACCAAUAGGGGUGUUAAAAAAGAGCCUGGGUGUUCUACAAUGGAGAUAGAUGGUAUCAUCCAUGAAUUUUUUGCUGGGGACGUGUCGCAUCCUCAAACCAAAGAAAUUUACAAUUUUUUGGAUGUGAUUGAAGAAAGAUUACAAUUUGUGGGGUAUGUUCCUGACUUUUCCCGAGCAGAUACAGUUGAUAAACUUGAUAGUGGAAAACAAUAUUCACUUAGGCUGCAUAGUGAGAGACUUGCAAUUGCUUUUGGUCUCUUAAACCUCAAACCAGGGGUGCCAAUUCGUAUAUUGAAAAAUCUCCGAGUAUGCAGCGACUGUCACAAUGUGACCAAAUUAAUUUCCAGAAUCUUUAAUGUGGAGAUUAUUGUAAGAGAUCGUGUUCGGUUCCAUCAUUUUGUAAAUGGCUCUUGUUCCUGCAUGGACUAUUGGUGACUAUUUGCUGUUGUUAGCUGUGUCAAGUAGUCUUUAUGGUUUAUGAACAAAAAGAAAAGACUAAAACUGCUAUGUAAAUGAAAUCAUACGUUGGG